AUGAAACCCACUGAAAAUGUGGAAUUGGAUCUCAAAUCAAAACGGAUUGUAUAUCAAAUGAGCCAAGAAUUGGAGCAAACUAAUGUUAAUCACGAUUUCCAUAAUGCACUUCUCUCACUGGACAUACCAGAUCUCGACAAAAAAGCGGGUUUUGACGGGUACAUUCAACUGCAAGACGAUAUAAAAGAAUCACUGAAAAACUACAUGAAAAACGGAAAGAAAUUGGAUUUAUUGUCACUUUUGAGUGGUCAACAAAUGAAAUGUGUCAACCAGAUGUUGAACACUAUAAAAUCCAAAAAUCCAUCUGAUCCGAAGGAUUCUAAGAAAAGUGAGAAUGGAGAGUAUUCUGGAGAACAAAUUGUGGCGAAGAAUAUUCAAAUAGUGAACGUGGAAAGGGAUUCAAACGAUAUUCCACGUGGACCCAUUCCAUUUGGAAUACCACCUUUACAAGUAGAUCAAUUUUAUAAAGAUGAAGAGAUGGAGGAUUCAGAAUAUUUGGAUUGGCCUAACAGUCAACCUGAUAGAUCAUCCAGUAGAAUUCCCGAUAUCCCAAUGGAACCUGUCCCGAUUUCACAGUCUAUUCGUAUUUCUGAACCAGUGAAAAUUGUAAAAUUUGAGGAACUGCAGCCAACGAAAAAGAUAAUAUCAAGAUCACGACCAAUUGAAAAGUUAGAUGCUCAGAUUCAAACGGAUGAAGUUGAAGAAGAGGUGCAAGAGACGGAAAGAACGGAGAAAAUUACAGCAGAAAUCGGUACCAAUUGUCGUCUUUUGAUAACUCCGCGGGUUGAGGAAGACGAAGAACCAGUUUCCCGUAAAUCUACACCAAUCAUGUCUCCAAUAAGUACAGUACCAUCGGAUAUAAGUGAAGGAGAAGUCGUUGGAUUCAGUUCAAUUAGAAAUGUGGUUACUGUACGAACAGAUGGAUCAAUUGUUCCAACUCCACGUGUCUUAGAAGACGAUGAUGACGUGGCUUCUGAUAUUCUAAUUGCAAAAUCUUCAAGUCCGUUUGGAGUAGCUGAAGUUGAUAUGUCUAUUUCCUCCGCUCAUAGUCAUUAA